AUGCUUAGGUCUCGGGGGAAAGUUAACGAAGCGCUCGCGAUAUACGAGGCGAUUAUAGCGGAGAGAAUAGGAGCAGCUGUGACUAUGACGAGGGGAAAUGGAACGGGCAGCGGAGCGGGGACAUUAGGAGGGGCCGCGAGCGCGGGGGAAGGGGGAGCGGGAGCGGGCGGGGGAGGGGCGGGCGGGGCCGCGGCCGCCGCGACGGCGGAGGCGCUAGUGGGGAAGGGGCAGUGUUUGCAGGCGCAGGGGAAGCUUAGCGCGGCGUUUGAGGCGUACGUGUCCGCGUUACAGCUGAAUCCGACACACGCUGUAGCGUUGACGCAGUGCGGAGUGCUGUACAAAGAGGAGGGGCACUUGCUAGAGGCUAUAGAGGUGCGAAAAGGAGGGAGGAGAGGAGGGGAGAGGAGGGGAGAGGAGGGUGAUAAGAGGGAAGAGGAGGCGGAGAGGAGGGGAAGGGGAGGAGAGGUUUUAGGUGAGUGGGUGAGGAGGGAGAGGGGAGUGAGGGGGGAGAGGGGAGUGAGGGGGGAGAAGGAGAGAGUCGUGGAGAGAGAAAGGACGGGGAGAGGAGGAGCGGAGGGAGAGGCGUACAGAAAGGCGCUAGAGGCGGAUGCGGGGUGCAAGGAGGCACAGGAGCAGCUGGCGGUGGCGUACAGAAAGGCGCUAGAGGCGGAUCCGGGGUGCAAGGAGGCACAGGAGCAGCUGGCAGUGGUGCUCACAGACCUGGGCACGCGCCUCAAGCUGGGGGGUUCCGUGCAGGAGGGCAUAGCGAAAUAUUAUGAGGCUAUUGCUGCCGACCAGAGAUAUGCGGAGGGGAUUGCCAAGUACUACGAGGCCAUUGCUGCCGACCAGAGAUACGCGGUAAGAUGCGGUUCAGCGGGGUGGUAUGUGGUGGAUUUUGGUGGGUGGUAUGCAGUGCCGGCAUACUACAACCUAGGGGUGGUGUAUUCAGAGAUGGGGCAGUACGAGGCGGCUCUGCAGUUCUAUGACAAGGCAGUGGCGCUCAGGCCGCUCUAUGCAGAGGCGCAUUGCAACAUGGGCGUGAUCUAUAAGAACUGCGGCGAUUUACACUCGGCUAUCGCCUGUUAUGAGCGCUAUUGCUUGCUACGAGUGGUAAGUGGGUGGGGGGAUACCAGGGGAUGCGUGCAGAGGAGGCGCAUCCCAGGGGAUACCUCUGCACGCAUCCCCCCACCCACUCGCAUCCCAGGGGAUACCUCUGCACGCAUCCCCCCACCCACUCGCAUCCCAGGGGAUACGUUCAGAGGAGGCGCUCAGGCCGCUCUAUGCCGAGGCGCAUUGCAACAUGGGGAGAGUGAGUGGAGCUGCCUCCCUGGUGCUCUUUUCCCAUUCCCCUACUUCUUUGCGUUUCCCCUGCUUCCCUCCCCCCUUUCCCCCCUCUUUCCUCGCCAUCAGGUGUCUCGCAAUGGCUCCCAACUUCACCAUUGCGCGCAUCAGCAUGGCCAUUGCUCUCACCUAACCCUUUGCCGUCCCCCACCGCCCUGCUGUUCCCGCCUUCCCUCCCCCUCCUCCCUUCCCACGACCACCCAUUCCUUCCUGGCGCAACUUUUGAGUCGACUCAAAAAGUCACCUCCUUCCCACGACCACCCAUUCCUUCCUGGCGCAACCAGGUGUCUGGCAGUGGCGCCCAACUUCACCAUCGCGCGCAUCAACAUGGCCAUUGCUCUCACUGACCCCUCUGCUGUUCCCCACCCCCUUGUUGUGCCCACCUCCCCCCCCCCCACACUCUCUUCCCCCACCACCUCUGCCGCCACCAGGUGUCUGGCGGUGGCGCCUAAUUUCACCAUUGCGCGCAACAACAUGGCCAUCGCUCUCACCCUCACCAAACCCCUUGCUCCCCCCCCCCCUCUCUUCCCCACACCACCUCCCCUUUCUUGCCGCAACCAGGUGAAGCUCGAGGGCGACAUAUCAGCGGGCGUGGCGCACUACAAGCGGGCGCUGCUGUUCAACUCUCAUUACGCCGAUGCCAUGUACAACCUGGGGGUGGCUUACGGGGAGAUGCUCAAGUUCGACAUGACGAAUUUGCAUGUUUGCACACGCAUACAACCCUCAUGUAUUGCCUGGGCGCACUACAAGCGGGCGAUGCUGUUCAACUCGCACUACGCCGAUGCCAUGUACAACCUGGGGGUGGCCUAUGGCGAGAUGCUCAAGUUCGACAUGGCAGUGGUGAUUUACGAGCUAGCCCUGCACGUUCAUUCUGGGGGCAGUGGUGAUGCAGUGGUGAUGUACGAGUUGGCCCUACACUUUAAUCCGCAAUGCGCCGAGGCGUGCAACAACCUGGGGGUGAUAUACAAGGACCGUGAUAAUCUAGACAAGGCGGUGGAGUGCUACCAGAAGGCGCUGCGCAUCAAACCCUCCUUCUCCCAGUCGCUCAACAACCUGGGGGUUGUUUACACCGUGCAGGGCAAGAUGGACCUAGCACUCAACAUGAUUCAAGCCGCCAUUCUCGCCAACCCCGCAUAUGCAGAGGCAUACAACAACCUGGGUGUGUUGCACAGGGACGCGGGCAACAUCCCAGCAGCCAUAGAGGCGUACCAGCAGUGCCUUGCCAUCGAUCCCGACUCUAGAAAUGCCGGGCAGGUGAGUGUCAAUGUCUUACGGGCCAUGUCCCUGCUUACUCGGCUGUGCUGUGCUGCCCAGAAGAAGGUGGUUCCGUGCUCCUCCUUUGUUGCUGCAGCCAUAGAGGCGUACCAGCAGUGCCUAGCCAUUGAUCCCGACUCUGGAAAUGCCGGCCAGAACCGUCUACUAGCAAUGAACUAUAUUCACGAUGGGCUGGACGACUCACUGUUCGCUGCUCACCGUCGAGCCCAUCCCUUUCCUCCCCCCACCUCCUCCCCAACCGCCAUCAUCCCUGGGACUGGGGCGAGCACUUCUCACGUGGACUGGGGCGAGCGCUUCUCGCGCCUCUUCCCGCGCUUCUCCUCGUGGCCCAACUUGUGCCGGCCGGACCGGAGGUUGGUGGUGGGGUACAUAUCGCCUGACUACUUCACGCACUCCGUCUCCUACUUCAUUGAAGCCCCCUUGACUUACCAUGACCCGAAUGUGGUCAAAGUGGUGGUUUACUCUGCUGUGGUGAAGGGGCACACACCGCCUCACUCACACGCCUCCCUGCCCUUUCUUCUCUGCUUCCUUCCCCUCCUCCCCACCUCCUUCCCCUCCCCCCCACCUCCUUCCCCUCCCCCCCGCCUCCUUCCCCUCCCCCCCGCCUCCUUCCCCCCCCCCCCACCUCCUUCCCCUCCCCCCCACCUCCUUCCCCUCCCCCCCGCCUCCUUCCCCUCCCCCCCGCCUCCUCCGCUUCCCUUCUCCUCCCAUUCCCUUCCUUCCUGUCAGGCGGACGGCAAGACGAGUCGGUUCAAGGAAGCAGUGCAGAGCAAGGGCGGGGUGUGGCGGGACAUAUUCGGGGUGGACGAGCGCCGCGUGGCAGCCAUGGUGCGGGAGGACGGCGUGGACAUUCUCGUGGAGCUGACAGGGCACACGGCCAACAACCGGCUGGGCGUGAUGGCAUGCAAGGCAGCGCCCAUCCAGGCCACGUGGAUUGGAUGCUUCCUCUGCCUCACAUUCUCAUCACCCCUAUGGCCCUCCCUUACCUCUCCCCGUUUUCUUCUUUCCCUACAUCCCUCCCCCCUCUCCCCAUCUCCCCCCUCUCCCCCUCUCCCCCUCUCCCCCUCUCCCCCUCUCCCCCUCUCCCCUCUCUCUCCCCCUCUCCCCCUCUCCCCCUCUCCCCCCCUCUCCCCCUCUCCCCCUCUCCCCUCUCUCUCCCCCUCUCCCCCUCUCCCCCCUUCUCCCCUUUUCCCCUCCUCUCCCCCUCUCCCCCUCUCCCAUCCUCUCCCCCUCCUCCCCUUUUCCACUCACAGGCAUGUAGAGGAGUUGGUGCGCCUUCCAGGAUGCUUCCUCUGCUACACCCCAUCAUCUGAAGCGGGGCCGGUGUCCCCCUCGCCUGCGGUGGCCAAUGGCUUUGUGACGUUUGGCAGCUUCAACAACCUUGCCAAGAUCACCCCAGCAGUGGUCUGUCUAUGGGCGCGAAUCCUCCUCGCAGUCCCCGGGUCGUGCCUCAUGCUCAAGUGCAAGCCCUUCACAUGCCAUUGCCCCCAUUCCCCCCAUCCGCGCAUCCCCCCCAUCCUUACAAUCACAGAUCACACCAGUAGUCGUCCGUCUAUGGGCACGCACGCAUUCUCCCAGCAGUCCAUCAGCCAGCAGCUCAUGGCUCAGCUUGAGUCCCACGGCAUCUCCCCUCUGCGCGUCCACCUGCUGCCGCUCAUCACCCCAGCAGUGGUGCGUCUGUGGGCCCGAAUCCUCCUAGCAGUCCCUGGUUCCCGCCUGAUGCUCAAGUGCAAGCCAUUCACAUGCGUGUCCAUCAGCCAGCAGCUCAUGGCGCAACUCGAGUCCCACGGCAUCUCCCCUCUGCGCGUCGACUUGCUGCCGCUCGUGCUGCUGAAUCACGAGCACAUGCAGAGCUAUGCCGUGAUGGAUAUCAGCCUCGACUCGUUCCCCUAUGCCGGCACCACCACCACAUGCGAGUCUCUCUUCAUGGGCGUGCCGUGUGUCACCAUGGCUGGCCGAGUGCAUGCCAAUAACGUAGGCGUGUCGCUGCUCACGAAUAUGGGUGAGUGGGUUCUCCUUGCCUUGCCGUUCCCCUAUGCCGGCGUCACCACCACGUGCGAGUCGUUGUUCAUGGGCGUGCCGUGCGCUACCAUGGCUGGGAGAGUGCAUGCGAACAACGUUGGUGUGUCGCUGCUUACAAACAUGGCGUGCAGUAACGCCGGCAUCUCGCCGCUGACAAACAUGGGCCUGCCGAACCUGGUGGCUCGGAACGAGGACGAGUACGUGGCCAUAGCAACGCAGCUAGCCUCGGACAUCCCGCAGCUGGCGUCGCUCCGAGCCUCCAUGCGUCCGCGCAUGCUCGCAUCACGCCUCUGUGACGGUCCUGCUUUCACCCGAGACUUGGAAACCACGUAUCGCUCUCUGUGGCGCCGCCACUGCCGCGAGCACUCUACGCCUGCUGCUGCUGGUGGUGCUGCUGCUGGUGCUGCUGGUGGUGCUGCUGCUGGUGCUGCUGCUGGUGCUGCUGCUGGUGCGGCGUGUGUUGCUGAGCCUAGGAGUAUGCGUGUUGCUGUUGCUGGGGAUGGCAGUGGGGGUAGUGGAGGUUCUGGUGGUGCUGCUGCUGAUGCUGGUGUUGCUGCUGGUGGGGGUUCAGCUGAUGGUGCUGGUGCCACUGGUAUUGCCGGUGUUGGUGGGCGCGGUGGGAGUGACACGGAUGGUUUUGCUGAUGCUGUUGGUGCUCUCUCGGGUGCUGGUGGUGCUACUGCGGCUGGUGCUGGUGCUGGUGCUGGUGCUGGUGCUGGUGCUGGUGCUGGUGCUGGUGCUGGUGCUGGUGCUGGUGCUGGUGCUGCGGUUGCUACACUGGCUGCUGAUGGUGGUGUGGGGCAGGGAGGCGUGGGUGCGAGUGGGGGUGAGGGAAGUCAAAGCAGAGGAGGAGGGAGGACAAGCAAGAAGAAGCAAGGAGAGGAAGGGGUGGUGGGAAAACGAGAAAAAUCACCAGCAGGAGCAGGAGCUGGAGGAGCUGGAGGAGCAGGAGGAGGAGGGGGAGGAGGAGGGGGGUGCACGCGAACAGCAGAGGGGGUAUCCGAGGCAGUGGCAUCUGUGGGGUCUAAAGCAGCACCUGUGGAGGAUAGCCGUGGGGGAGGCAGCAGCAGCAGGCGGGGGGAGGGUGGGACUGGGGGAGGGUUUGACGGACUGGGGGGCAGUGGUGUCUCAACAGCGGAAGCAGCAGCAGCAGCAGCAGCAGCAGCAGCAGCAGCAGCAGUGGAGGGGGCUUCAGGUGCUGCUGGGACAGACUCUCUGAGUGCUGGCCUCAGGUAG